AUGGAGGCUGUCACAGUCAUAGCUUCUUCACGGGCCGUGGUUUCCGGCCGGCUUGCUGCAGCCACCAUCGUGGUGUCCCAGGCCACCGGUAAGAUCGUGCAGGUGCUCGACGCAGUGAGACCAGCCUCGGAUUUCCCCGAGGGCACCCCGUACAAGGACUAUUCACCUUUGGUCCUGUUGCCCGGUUUGGUGGACGCCCACGUGCAUCUGAACGAGCCUGGCCGCACUGAAUGGGAGGGCUUCUACACCGGCACCCAGGCCGCCGCCUUUGGUGGCGUGACCACUGUCAUUGACAUGCCUCUGAACGCCAUCCCUCCGACGACCAGUGUGGCCGGCUUCCACGAGAAGAUCCGCGCUGCCCAGGACAAGUGCUGGGUGGACGUUGGUUUCUACGGCGGCAUCAUUCCGGGAAACUCGCACGAACUCAAAGCUUUGGUCAACGAGGGCGUGCGUGGCUUUAAGGGUUUCCUUAUCGAUAGUGGCGUCGAAGAAUUCCCGGCUGUCUCGUCUAGCGAUAUCGAGCUAGCCAUGAAGGAGCUGGCUGAUCAGCCCACCACACUUAUGUUUCAUGCCGAGAUGCUGCCUCCAAUUACCGACUCUGUCGGUGACGAUGUGCAGACUUCAAUGCCCCCGCUGGCACCAGUCGGUCCUCUGCAGGCGUAUUCGACGUUUCUUGCUUCUCGCCCGCCGGCCUUUGAGACGUAUGCUAUUGCGGAAAUCAUCGAGCUGGCUGCAACAGCUCCAAAGCUUCCACUGCAUAUCGUGCACUUGUCUGCGAAAGAGGCCAUUCCUCUGCUGCGGGAAGCCCGCGCCAACGGUAUUCCCAUCACAGCCGAGACUUGCUUCCACUAUCUGUCAUUGGCAGCUGAAGAGAUUGCCGAGGGUGACACGCGGCACAAAUGCUGUCCCCCAAUCCGGUCCCAGCUCAAUCAAGACGCUCUGUGGGCUGAAUUGGAACGAUAUGCUGACGACGGAGUGAUCACGACUGUCGUGUCCGACCACUCGCCGUGCACGCCAGAUCUCAAGCUUUUACCUUCACACAUCAUGACUCCGAGCCCGCAGUCUUCUAGUAACUCCUCGGCCGUCGUGACUCCCUCAGUUACCUCAGCGAGCAGCAGUGUGUCGGACUUUUUUGAGGGCAAGGAAGCCGAGGUGCGUGACGGCAAUUUCUUUUCUGCCUGGGGCGGCAUCUCAUCCGUGGGACUCGGCCUGCCCAUCCUCUGGACAGAAAUCAGCCGACGCAAGAAGAUUGCCGGCGGAGCACCAGGCGGCAACAAAACGGUUGAACAGGAGCUCCAAGACAUCGUCCGGUGGUGCUGCAUCAACACCGCCGCGCAGGUUGGCUUGGAGAAGCAAAAGGGCGACCUCGCCGUCGGGUUUGACGCUGAUAUCUGUGUGUUUGAUGACACUGCGGAGUGGAUUGUCGAGCCGAGCACGAUGCUGUUCCGAAACAAGUGCUCGCCGUACCAGGGCCGAACUCUGACGGGGAUGGUGCAGGAGACGUGGUUACGGGGGAGCAAGGUUUAUUCGCGAGCCGAAGGGUUUACGUCGAGGGUGAGUGGAAAGCUUCUUCUUGAGCGGAGGUCUUUUGCUUAG